AUGGCGUACUUGCUGGAGGCGCUCGCGACCAAGGCCGCAAUCGACGAUGCGAUCCGCGGGACGAAGGACAAGGUGCUGGUCCUGCGCUUUGGCCGCAGCAGCGACGCCGUCUGCCUCCAGAUGGACGACAUACUCGCCCGCUGCGAGGUCGAGCUCUCCAAGAUGGCGCAAGUGUUUACGGUCGACACGGACAAUGUCGACGUCGAGAUCUACUGCCAGUACUUUGACGUGAGCUUGAUUCCGUCGACCAUCUUCUUCUUCAAUGGCCAGCACAUGAAGGUCGACUUUGGCACGCCCGAUAACACCAAGUUUGUCGGCGCCUUCUACACCAAGCAAGACUGCAUCGACUUGGUCGAGGUCAUUUUUCGCGGGGCGAUGCACGGCAAGUACAUUGUCCUCUCGCCAAUCCCCCACGAGCGCAUUCCACAGUACACUAUAUAUGUGACACGUCUGGCGUACGGUAUAUGUAUCAUGGUCAAUCUGUCAUUGUAG